UGACAUCUGUGAAUAGUUUGUAAGCUGCUGUGGUUGCAGGCUUACAGCCCAUUUUCCAGCCUGCUGCAGAAGCGGCACUCUACGAGCGGCACGCCGGUGAAUCUGCUGCCCGGUUCCCUCGCAAACCAUCAUAGUUUGGACUUUCAGAACAAAAUCUUCAGAGGAAAAGUAUCGUAGUCUUUAAAUCAUCGUUUUUGUCCCAGCCAUGGCUGUGAACGUGUUCUCCACAUCGGUGACAAGUGAAAACCUCAGCCGCCAUGACAUGCUCACAUGGAUCAACGAGUCUUUACAGAUGAGCCAUGCCAAGAUCGAGCAACUGUGCUCAGGUGCUGCUUACUGUCAGUUCAUGGACAUGCUGUUCCCGUCAUGUAUUCCGAUGAAGAAAGUCAAAUUCCAGGCCAAACUUGAGCACGAAUAUAUCCAUAACUUCAAACUCCUUCAAGGCAGCUUCAAAAAGAUGGGUGUUAGCAAAAUUAUUCCUGUUGACAAGCUUGUGAAGGGCAAGUUCCAGGAUAACUUUGAGUUUGUGCAAUGGUUUAAGAAGUUCUUCGAUGCAAAUUAUGAUGGAAAGGAAUAUGAUCCGGUGGCAGCUCGGCAGGGACAUGAAAUGCCCUCCAGUCAGAGUCCAGCAGCAGCUACAGCUAGCAAGCCAAAGAAACCCAGCUCAGACACAGGCGUCACACCUGCAGUCAAGCCUAUGGCCCCUGUUGCUCCACAGCGUUCAGCCACAGCACCCAAAUCUGCACCAAAGGCAGCUCCAGCUCCAACGCGAGGCGCAGGAACAGGCGGCGGCGAUGAAGAGAAAGGAGCACUUACUCAGAUGAUAAAUGACCUGAAGGCUACUAUUGCUGACAUGGAAAAGGAACGGGAUUUCUACUUUGGCAAACUGAGAAACAUUGAGCUCAUCUGCCAAGAGAAAGAGGGUGAGGGUGAUCCUUCACUGCAAAAGAUUGUGGAUAUUCUGUACGCCACAGAUGAUGGUUUUGUAAUCCCCGAGGAUGAGGUGGGCGAACCAGAGGAGUUUUGACCAAUACAGGGGUGACUGUUUUAAAACAAAAAAAGUACCCUGCUGGAUGCACACAAAUGUACAUACUGAUGGCUGAUUCCUGCUGUUCUGCUGCACUUGCUUUUGGUCCAUCAUUUUGGACUUUGACUUUUGAAUGUCUUUUUAUUCAGGGAAGUUGUAUACCUUGAAUUUUCAGCUGUUGUUUUUUUGUUUUUUUUUACUGACCAUCAAAAAUUAUUUUUGUGAAUGGAGAAUAAAAUACUUAUCAAAGGCUGUUUGUAUAAAGCAGUCCAAUGAGGUCUGACUUGCCAAUGACUAAACAAACCCAAGGUAUUGUAUGCAAACAUGAUCAAGCCAUUCUGAUCCAUUCAUUCUGUAAGAAACAAAAAACAAUACAGCCAUCAGGUGUCCUUUUGCUGUUAUUUAGUUUCUGAUCUGUACCUUUGACUGCUAACUGAACUAUUGUGAGUGAAGUUCACUUCCUCUAAUAAGCUCUUAAGCAGGAUGUGUGUCAACCUUUUGCAUUUCCCUUUUACAAGCACACAAGACCAUGAGGAACCACUUGAUAGUCAUGACACUUGGUCUUAACUGGCAAAAGUUGUUGAGCUGCAAAUACCACCACCGUCGGGUAGUUGUUGAUGUUAAAUAUGUGACAGUUUUUCUUUUGUUACAUUUACAAUGUAUUAAAAUAAUUUAUAUAUAUUGCAUACAA